GAACCUGUUAGUCAUAUGAUUGAUAAGUGAUAUUGUACCAUUGUGCAGUCGAUUCUCGUGAUUAAAUCUUGUUUUUUAUUAUAUCAGUAUUGAGAAAAUUCACUAACACAGAAAAAAUGGGUGCGUCCAUCAUCCCUUUCAUCGUAUUCACCGUUCUCUGGGGAGGAAUUGGCGGUGUUUUGCCUAUAAUCGUACCUAAAGGACCUAACAGGGGGAUUAUCCAAGUUAUUCUGAUGUUAACAGGAGCGUGCUGUUGGUUAUUCUGGUUGUGCUGCUAUAUAGCGCAAAUGAAUCCCCUCAUUGGCCCUAAAAUUGAGAGAGAUGCAAUUCUUAUUAUGGCUCGUCAAUGGGGUAAUCCUAUCCAAUAGAAAGCAUUUUCUCGUCUAUCAUGUGACUUUUGGUGCAUCUUGAGAGUCUUGUAGUUUUUUAAAUUCCACAAUAUUGUGUAAGUUGUACAAAAAUCAUGUAUAUUAUAUUUAUUUACCUCCCGUUUUAAGUAUAUUAAUAUUUGAAUUUUAUUUCUUUGUAAAUUAGUUUUGUCGUAUACAGUUUUAUUUUAUGAAAAAUAAAUUGUUAUAAGUUUAUAUUUGUGGUCUA